UCGAUCUCGCCGCCCUGCGCGCCUCCUCCAGCUGGCCGACAUAUCCAAGGCGCCCCCCUGGACCUACCAGUGCGGGGUCGCUGGGUGCCGCCCACGCCACCGGGAACCUGUUGCCGCACUUCCGCCAUGGCCGCACGCUCCUCCAUGGCCCAAUCGUCGCCGCCGCCGGGGAUCCUCGAGCACCAUCAUCCUGGCAUGCAGUCCAUGGCCGCCUCCCCAUGCAGUCCCUUUCUUGCUGUCGGCGGAAAUCCUGUCAAUCCCUUCCUCUUCUCCUUCUCUUCCUCCAGUGAUCUUUGCUGGAUCCUGCCGCCGUCAACACCAGGCAUCGGAACCCCGGCCCUGCACUCCAUCACCGCGCCCUGUCUUCUUCUCGCUGCGGCUGCUCCACAUCGCACCUAUUUGCCCAGCAAAAUGCUGCACUUUUGGUGCAAAACCGUCAAAGAUGAACUCAACAAUCUCCGAGGCGACGGCACAACCAAAAAGUACGAGGAGUGGGACCGUGUGUACCGCUAUGACUACUACAACGACCUCGGUGAGCCGGACAAGGGCUAUCCGCGCCUGGUUCUCGGCGGCACCCAGGAACUCCCCUAUCCCCGUCUUGGCAGAACUGGCCGACCCCCAACAAAAACAGACCCUAGAUUGGAGAGCAGAAUUCCUCAGUACAAGAUACAGGAGGCCCUCAACAUCACUGUCUCGCGUGAUGGUAUUUAUGCAUCUUCCUAGUUGCUACGGCAAUGCUGGAUUUAAUCAUCCUAGGAGAGAAGAAGCAAAAAGACAAUCAAAGU